UGCCUGUGGACCCUGCACCUUGUGCUCCUGCUAAGCCUGGUCAAGAGGAGCCUCAAGGGUCCCCCUCCCACAGCUGCCUCCCUGUUGGGUACCCUGAGGCCUGGGCAGGGGAGGAUCUAGGCUAGUGUCCCCAGGAGAGGCUCACAGCCAGCACAGAUGGACACAGGGAAGCACACAGCCAGGGAAGCGCCGAGAUGCUUCCCUGGGAUGGGAGGGCAGCCUCAAUCUCAGGAGGCCCGUGGUGGCAUUUAGACAGCAGGCCCCAGGGGUGGAUGGUCUGGUGGGCAGUGGGUGCCAAGGGCCAGAUGCAGGCUACAGAUGUCUUGUAGUCCUGGGUGUUUGAUGCAGAUUGGGAAGCUGAGCCCCGUCCUGGUCACCCCUGUUUCCUGGCUAGGCUGCGGCUGAGCUGCGACUCGAACCCGGGUCCUGAGUGACCUUGCCUUGGGUACCCCCUCCCUCUGUCUCUGGCCCCCUUCAGCCCCAGCGCUGGGCCCCAGACAUCCUCAGUGUCCUCUGGCUCUGGGAAUGCUGAGGCAAGCUGUUGCUAGGGGGAACCGCACCAAGAAGGCAGGAGCCAGGGUGUCACUGUGGUCCCUUUGUCCCUCUGAGACUGAUCCAGGGGAGGGGACUGGGCAGGCCUGAGCCCUGCUGUCCUGGCUUUGCUGGGAACUGGAGAACAGCCGUGGGGGCCCUGGGCAGCCUGUACCCUGGCUCCCUCAGGGAGAGGAGGUGCCAAGUCCUCAAGCACGUGGGUUGGGAUAGCCCUGGGCAGGAGGGGUGUCUGUACCAACAAGACAAGGCUGUGGGAAUGAGGGAGUUAACAGCAGUUGCUUCUCCUCUCUGGAAGGAAAACUCCCCAUAAACGCCCUGCUCCCUGGCCUCCUGCCAGGGCCAAGAACAGGGGCUGAAAACUGGAAGUUCAGGCGUGCGGCCAGCCCUGCCUCUGUAGCAGGCGCUUGGGUAGGGCAGCAACCCCGCCACUGGCUGCCGGUCCAUAUACCCACCUGUCUGCCGGGGCACCGCUCUUCGUCUGUAAGCCUGUCUGUCCCUCCGUCUGCAAUCCUGUGUCUGUCCAGCUGGCUCUCCGACCAUCUUUCUCUUACUGUCCUAUAUCCAGCUGUCUAGACUGUCAAUCCGUUUGUCUGUCUCUGGCCUCCAUCUGUUUGUUCAUCUGUCCAAUCACCUGCGAAUCCAUCUGCACAUCUUCUUGUGCGUUCAUCCAUCCAUCUGUCUGUCCACCUGCCUUCUCUCUCCACUCUGGGCCUCAGAGCCAUGGCCCAAGGCCGCAGGACCACAGUCAGCAUGGUGCUGCUGGGGUUGGGGCUGGCCUUGGCCAUUAUCGUGCCCGCCGUGGUCCUCUCUCGCCGCCACACUGGCUGCGGCCCCCAGGCCUUUGCCCAUGCUGCGGUCGCCGCUGACUCCAAGGUCUGCUCGGACAUUGGACGAGCCAUCCUCCAGCAGCAUGGCUCAGCUGUGGAUGCCACCAUUGCGGCUCUGGUCUGCACCGGAGUCAUCAACCCUCAGAGCAUGGGCCUGGGCGGAGGGGUCAUCUUCACCAUCUACAAUGCAACCACAGGGAAGGUGGAAGUCAUCAAUGCCAGGGAGACAGUGCCGGCCAACUACGUCCCAGGCCUACUGGACCAGUGUGAGCAGGCUCAGCCGCUGGGCACAGGGUCCCAGUGGAUUGCAGUGCCGGGGGAGCUCCGCGGCUAUGCUGAGGCCCACCGCCGCCACGGCCGCCUGCCCUGGGCACGGCUCUUCUGGCCCACCAUCUCCUUGCUCCGAGGGGACUACCGCAUGCCCUCCAUCCUCAGUCAGUUCCUGCAGAACGACUUCCUACGGCCUUCCUUGUACAAGACAUCCCUGAGGCAGCUCUUUUUCAACGGCACAGAACCCCUGAGGGCUCAGGACCCAUUCCCCUGGCCCGCACUGGCUGCCACCCUGGAAACCGUGGCCACGGAGGGAGCAGAGGCCUUCUACACAGGGACGCUGGGCCAGAUGCUGCUGGAGGACAUUGCCAAUCAAGGCAGCAGGCUGACCCUGCAGGACCUGGCCUCCUUCCAGCCAGAGGUAGUGGAUGCCCUGGAGAUGCCCCUGGGGGACUACACCCUGUACUCACCGCCACCACCUGCAGGGGGCGCGAUUCUCAGCCUCAUCCUCAACGUGCUCAAAGUGUUCAACUACUCCUCGGAGUCGGUGGCCAGGUCCGAGGGGAGUGUGAACUUGUACCAUCACCUUGUGGAGACACUCAAGUUUGCCGGGGGACAGAGGUGGCGGCUGUGGGACCCCCGCAGCCACCUGGAUAUCCAGAACGCCUCCCAGGACCUGCUGGGAGAGGCUUUGGCCCAGCAUAUCCGCCAGCAGAUCGACGUUCGGGGUGACCACCCUCUCAGCCACUACAGCCUGGCCGGGGCCUGGGGCCACAAGAUGGGCACGUCGCAUGUGUCUGUGUUGGGGGAGGAUGGAAGCGCCGUGGCAGCUACCAGCACCAUCAACACGCCCUUUGGAGCAAUGCUGUACUCACCACGCACGGGCAUCCUGCUCAACAACGAGCUUCUGGACCUAUGCUGGAGGCGCCCCCCAGGCUCCAAAGUCACCCCCCAACCCGUUCCAGGCGAGCGGCCUCCAUCAUCCAUGGUUCCCUCCAUCUUGGUCAACACAGCCCAGGGGUCAAAGCUGGUGAUCGGUGGGGCUGGUGGGGAGCUCAUCGUCUCUGCCGUGGCCCAGGCCAUCAUAAACAAGCUGUGGCUUGGCUUUGACCUGAGAACUGCUAUUGCAGCCCCUAUCCUGCACGUCAACAGCAAGGGCCAUGUGGAGUAUGAGCCCAACUUCAGCCAGGAGGUGCAGAAGGGGCUCCGGGCCAGGGGCCACAACGAGACCAAGAGUCCCUUUUUCCUGAAUGUGGUCCAGGCUGUGUCCCAGGACGGGGCCUGUGUGUAUGCCGCAGCGGACCCGAGGAAAGGUGGGGAGGCCUCAGGCUACUGAGGACACUGCUCCUGAGAGCUGCAAUCCGGCCCACCGUCAGUGUGUGCCCAGGCUGGCCUUGACCAUGGGACCAAGCACUCAGGCAGGAUCUGGACUCUUUGGUGGAGGGUCGGCCUAGGGCUACAAGAGGUGGGGACAGCCUGGAAGAUGGACGACUGUGGGGGCUGAGCUGUCUCCCCGAGCCCCUUGUGGCCCUGCCCUGACCCCCAAGCCUUCCCUAGGCCUCUCACCCAGGACUGUGGCCUACCCUCCCCCCAGGCCCCACUCCCCAUCUGUAUACCCUCUAG